AUCAUUCAAUUUCUGGCAGAUUCUCUUACUUCGGAUCGGAGCCCCCUGCUUCGCUUUGCAGCGCUCCAGCUAGUUGGUGAGAAAUUUGCUAUUCUCCAGCCCCUUCGGCCUAAUUUGCCAACUCAGUGCAUUUCAGACCCAUCCAAUUUUGCAAUGACCUGUUCCAAUUUAACUGGCUAUGAUGCAACUUCCAACGAAACUAAUGCUACUAAUUCCCAUCAUAAAAUGUUGCAAGCUUUGCUUACUGGCUGCCUUGAAUGUUUAACUAGUCUCGGGGAGUCGGUGCUUGACACGGGUUUAGCGGCCCUUCUUAAUCUAUUGCGAGUUGAUCCAGAUGAUUUCACGGCAAAUUUGUGUGGCCAAAUCAUUCCGCUGCUUGUGAACCUAUUUAAAGUCUGUUAUCCAACUUAUGAUUAUGAUUACUUUUUUCGCCAUUCGGACCUAGGCUUCUUUUGGGUCCACCAUAGUCCACCCUCUGCGCAAAUUUUAUUAAAUAAUCCAGUUCCAAUCAUAGGCCCACCUUCGCAUCUCAUGAUGCCCAUUCAUCCCGUCGUGUGCUUUAUCUCGGCGCAAAAUUUAUACCUACAGCCGCAUCCUUAUUUAACGGAUCCUCCUGGAUAG